CGGACGAUUUUGAAAUAUUUUUGAACUGCGAAGCGGAAUUUUCAUACCGAAUGCGAAGACGAAGGACAAAAGAGACGAAGGAUUAACGGUUGGCUAAAAUCUGCCCUCCUUAGUAUUUGGAAUUUAACCUAGUAGGAAUCCAGUCUGGAAAUGGCAGAGGUUCAUGUUAUUGGGCAGAUCCUUGGAGCAAGUGGGUUUCCAAAUCAAAAUCUAUACUGCAAAUGGAAAUUACACACAGGUGGAGCAUGGAAGGUAAUAGCAGGAGCUAGAGAAGGACAGACGCAGGUGGAUCUACCACAGAAUGAAAACUUUGCAGUCUGGAGUCAUCCUAUUGAUAUACACUUUGCUACCAAAGGAUUACAAGGAUGGCCUAAAUUAAAGUUUGAGGUAUACCACCAAGAUGAGUUUGGACGUAAUGAACUCUAUGGCUAUGGAUUCUGUCACUUGCCAACCUCUCCUGGUACACACGACAUCCAAUGCCCGACAUGGCGACCGUCAGGAACAUUCCGUGAACAGGUCUCACAGUAUUUCAUAGGUGGCGCACCACAGCUGCGGAACGCCGACAUGGUGCAGAGUGCAGAGCGCUAUACCCUCCAGACGGUGGCUAUGGGGAAAGUUCACUGUCAGCUCGGGAUCAUUCUCAAGAAUUUUGAUAAAUAUGGAGUAGAAUGCUGAUGAUAUAAACAAAACCUUUUGUAGAGACUAGAGAACGACAACUCGGUGUGAUAUCAACGAACAAGGAAGAUGUAGUACGCAGCAGUAUGGACUGAAAAGAAGUGGAUACAAGUCAGAAACUGGCUUUAAGUGCUGCUCGUCAUACUUGAAAUUUGAAGAGUGAAUAGAAAGUAAGCUGGGCUCUUACUUAAAGUGACUCUGUAACAUUUCCUCAGAUUCUGAAACAAAAUCCUGGAUUAAGCUCAAGCUGCAAUCAUAAUUAUAAA